AGUAAUGAAGCUUUCGCUUCUCAAGCCCAAAACUCAUAUUCGGAUAGCUCACAAAAAUCUCAUGAUAAAUUACAUGUCAAACAAAUUUUGGAAUCACAAUCUAUUUAUGUACAGCUGUUAAUAGAAGAAUUAAGAAUAGAACCUUUAGUGGAAGAUACUGUUAAAGUUGUUAAUUCUCGUACUCAUGUGACAGAAUCUACUCUAAAAUCCAGAUUUAAUCCGAGUGAUAACAAAAAUCACAUGACCAAACCAUCUAGCUUGAGAGACGUAUCAAAUAUUAAGGCAAGUAUAUCAGCUAAAUCAUUCCAUGCCCCUAGUUCGGAAGAUAUAAUAAGUGAAGAUAACAAAUCUUCAUCGAAUACUAAUAACAAUAACUAUAUUCUACAGGAUAAUAUUUUACUGGAAACGAAUCCAAAUGAUUCAACUGAGGUAAGUGAAUUAUCUGAAAAGGUUUCAUCAGAAACAGAG